AUGUCGCCCGCCGCGAUCGAGUCAGGCAACAAGAGGAAGAGGUCUCACAAGAGCAAAAAGAGCGCCGAAGCAGAGGCUGUCCCAGCGCAUAAUGGCGUAGACUCCACCAAGGCGCGCAAGAAGGCGCGCAAGGAAAAGGAAGCCGUUGUAGCCGAGCCUGUGGUUGAGGAGGUUUCCGAGGAGGUAGAGAGUGAUGGGGAAGAAGACGAGAAGGUAGCAGAGGAGGUUGCCGCCGAGGCCAGUGCCGCGAACGACGACGACGAGGAUAGCGCCGAGGAAGACGAUGAAGGCAACGACGACAAGCUCCCCGAGCUUCCUUCUGGCACGGGCAGCAAUGCUCUUGACCUUCCAUCAGGCACUACCAUGCCUUCGGCGAACCCAACACGAUUCGAUGAGCUUAACCUGAGCGAGCGAACCAUGUCUUCAAUCAAGAACAUGGGCUUCGAGAACAUGACAGAGAUCCAGCAGAAGGCUAUACCACCCCUGCUGUCUGGAAGGGAUGUGCUUGGAGCGGCCAAGACUGGCAGUGGAAAGACAUUGGCUUUCCUUAUUCCGGCCAUCGAAAUGCUUUCGCAAUUGCGUUUCAAGCCGCGCAACGGAACUGGUGUCAUUGUUGUGUCACCUACAAGAGAACUUGCAUUGCAGAUCUUUGGUGUAGCUCGCGAGCUCAUGGAAUCGCACAGCCAGACGUUCGGUAUCUGUAUCGGUGGCGCGAACCGAAACGCGGAAGCUGAGAAGAUCAGGAAGGGCUUGAACCUGAUCAUCGCUACUCCAGGGCGUCUUCUCGAUCACCUACACAACACACAAGGCUUCGUUUUCAAGAACCUGAGGUCGCUCAUCAUCGACGAAGCGGACAGAAUUCUCGAGGUCGGUUUCGAGGAUGAGAUGAGGUCGAUUAUCAAGAUCCUGCCCACGGAGCGUCAGACCAUGCUGUUCUCGGCAACACAGACCACCAAGGUUGAGGAUCUCGCAAGGAUCUCGCUCAAGCCAGGACCUCUGUACAUCAACGUCGAUCAUCGAGCCGAACAUAGCACGGUCCAGGGACUGGAGCAGGGUUACGUUCUGUGCGAUUCAGACACCAGAUUCAGGCUCCUCUUCUCCUUCCUCAAGAAGCACCAGAAGAAGAAGGUCAUUGUCUUUUUGUCUUCGUGCGCAUCAGUCGACUUUUACAGCGAACUGCUCAACUACAUUGACUUGCCAGUGCUUGGACUGCACGGCAAGCUUAAGCAACAGGCACGUACGAACCGCUUCUUCGAGUUUGUCAACGCACAAAGUGGCACACUCAUCUGUACCGAUGUUGCUGCGCGAGGAUUGGACAUUCCUGAGGUAGAUUGGGUCAUCCAAUUCGACCCGCCUGAUGAUCCCCGAGACUACAUCCACAGAGUCGGUCGAACAGCUCGAGGCGCCAACGGCAAAGGCAGGAGUUUGAUGUUCCUCCUGCCCUCUGAGGUGGGAUUCCUCAAGCUCCUCAAGGAAAACCGAGUGCCCCUUGUAGAGUUCGAGCUGCCUUCCAACAAGAUCCUCAACAUACAGUCACAACUGGAAGCCUUGAUCAACAAGAACUACUACCUGAACAAGAGUGCGAAGGACGGUUACCGGUCCUACCUCCAGUCGUACGCGUCACACAGCUUGCGUUCAGUAUUCGAUGUGCAUAAGCUGGAUCUUGUCAAGGUAGCCAAGUCGUUCGGCUUCUCAGCACCACCGCGUAUCGACAUCAGUCUUGGAGCGAGUCUGAGCCGCGAUAAGAAGGUAGAGGGACGAAGAGCGUACGGGAGCCAGCCUCAGCAGCAACGACGACCGAUGAGGGGAGGCAAGAGGUUCUGA